AUGCUCCAGACUCGACCGGCUUCAUCGACAAGCAUGAUACCCAACGCCCAAGGCCAGAACGGCCACCAGUACGCAACAUCGGCCCAGACCCCAAGAUAUGCGGUUCCCUCUCCCACCGGAUACCGCGGUAGUGCAACUCCUGUUCAGCAAUACGCCUUUACUAGCACACCGACCCUGCACCAUUCGCAAACAUGGCAACCGCAAGGUCAGCCUACACGAACCUAUAAUCACAAUGUCAACUAUGGUGGACGCCAAUUCAGCUCUUCAGGGGCCAACAUGCAAUACAAUGCUAUGGGUAUUGGUCAAACUGGGGCUCGUGAUGAUUCCGCCAUUCCUCAACGACGAAACAUCGUACCUGCUCCUCGACCCCAUUCCGCCUUCCUUGCUGGCCCUACGCAACCAGUUUCUCCAACUUCGCAGAGCAAAGCCGCACCAGACAGAUAUAGACGGUCGUCACUCACCCCUCAACAAAAUCAGCAUGGUCGCUCUCACAGCAAUGCCGUAACUGCUGGAAUUCCCACGGCGAACCAGCUAUACAACGGACCUAAUCCUUCGCGCGCGGCUGUCCCUAAUCGGCCAAACAGUUUCUAUAAUGCCGUGCCUGGCACAUCCAUGGAUGAUAUGCAGCUUCUCCAAUCGCCCAUGGAUGAUUCGAACCGAUCACGCCGGCGCAGCAUUCGUGCUGAUUCUGAUCUCUCUAAACCUGUUGCGCAAGACAAGAGCAAAACCGAUGGAGGUUCUCAAAACCUUCGUGUCGUCGGCAAAAGGACUACACAUUCACGUAAUGGCAGUUCCGAGAGUGUUGAUUCCAGCCGCAGCAGUAACUCUCGUCCAUCCUCGUCUGCCAACCGCAAUGUGCCUGCCCCCACUGGAAACCCCUCAUCCCAGGCAAAUAACGAAACCACUUCUAAGCAAGAUCAGGCCAAGGUCAACGUUCCUCCUCGAGGGUCAUCUUCCGAUGCCAUCAAGCGUUCGACAAACCCUUCUCCUCUUUCUAGACCAGCCACCAUGGCUAGCGAGGUCGCCGAGGACGGAUCAUCAAAUGCGCAAAGUGCGGGUAAUAUGGAAUCGCCCGCGGCUAAACAGCUUGCGGCCAUUAACAAAGGGCGCAAGGCCAAGAGCAAGACCUCCAGGCUGCGUCGCGCCUUUUCAUUCGGAAGCGCUGCUGAUUUCCGCGAUGCCGAGACACCUGAUAAGACAGAGCCGUCCAAGCUUCACAAGGACCCAACGACCGACGAAGCUUACGAUGCCGAACAAGCACGUAUUGCGGAGGCGCAGGAGGCUGCGGGCCUUGGACACAGCAUCUAUGGCGGCAGAUUCUUUGGUGGCUCGACAGACAAUCUUUCCAUCUCGUCGACAGCAUCCUCUGCUUCCAUCAUGAUCCGCAAGAUGGGCCGAGGUAUGAAGAAGGGUGGCCGAUCGUUUGUUGGAAUUUUCCGACCCAAAUCAGUGAUUGGAGUUGCUCCAGCUGAUGGACCUGUGAAGCCCGAAGCUAGCCACGCUGCUGUCUCGAUGGUUACUGUCGAAGCUGAAACACAGCGAGUCAACGUGUCGGCAGACCCUCGACAGACAGAUACCUUCCCCCAUCUGGAACGUAACUCUAUCGAUACCAGCCUGGGCAUCGAUAUUGCUGAGCGUUUGGGAAGCUCUGGCACCGACAACUCCAACCCGCGUAAGAGCAUCGUUGGAGGCGACCGAGAGCGUGCGGAGGUACUUGCUGCCGUCCGCAAGGGUAUUCUCAAGCGCCCAGGUUCUGCCAGCCCUUCCAUUCGACCUGCCGAUUCUUCACCUGGAUUGGACCUUCCCAGUGUUCCUGCUGUCAACGACUCGCCCAACUCUAGUGCCCCUAGCACGCCCAACGAUGAGUCUCAGGGUCAUCGUCGAACUGGCUCCAUUGCUCUGGGUGGCGAGGACUAUUUCAUGUCGGCUUUGAGACUUCGACAGGACAGCAAGAGUGCACCCAACACCCCACACGGAUCUACCAAGCGCAACGCGACAUUCUCGCCUCGCAUUGUCUUCCACGACACCUGGCCUCCCCAGGAGUACGACCGUCGCGGCGAGGUUGCCACCUGCAACCGAUUGACUCCCAUGCUCGCACAGCAGAUCAAGGAGGAGCUAAACACCUUCAAGAUGGAGAUGGAGGUUCACGAAAACUCAAAGAUUUACACGCACUUUUUCUAA